AUGGACAGCCACAAGGAUGAGACCCCCAGCCGCACGCAAACUACAAUCGAAGAGGACCCCGCGAGUCAGAGCUACACAGGAAACGACCUGGAUUCUUCUUUGGACUCGGCAAAGGAUGAGCCGUGUGAAUUAGCCCUCACACCCGAAGACUCGACGCAGGCGCCACCUUCAACCUCAGGGACCAGUGGUGGUGCGCCCAUCGUCAAGCCAAAGACCCAAGUCAAAGAGGAACCGGCGGUCACUCUCAAUGUUCCAGUCAAGCACAGGCUCGAAGAUGACGAUGAGCCUGUCCGGCUCAGCGACAUCCCCCCCUUCAAAGCCGAAACGAAACAGGAGGACGAGCCUGACUUCGGGCUUAGUGACAUUCCCCCUUUCAAACCUUACCUUCGGUUCAGUGAUAGAUCUUCUCGAGACCACGACGAGGUCGACACGAAGUCUACCACGUACAGCACUUUUCGACAGCGGGUUAACAAUGGCGCUCAGGCAAAGAUGUUGGAGAUCAUCCAGGAUAUGAAGCUGAAGGCUAACGCUCUCGAGGGGUGGAUGAGGUUGGUGCUUAAGAUGCAUUUGCCCCAUUCCCUACGCGGUUCCGGUAUGUUUUCCGAGCAAAGCGAAGCCAAUAGCGAAGAGAACGACGAAGAAGAGGACAACGAAGAAGAGCACGACGAAGAGGCUCAGGGAAUACCUCGACCGUUGGAGGAACAUGGAGAAUCUCCGGGCGCCAGUCACCAAAAACCGAAGGAUCCGCAGCAAUUACAUGUAGUGCAACUUGUGGUUGGAUUAAAGGAUGCCGCAGAAACCAUUCUGGAAGGCUCCGGCUUAUAUGAUUGGGUAGCGCUUGCUGCCCAGGGAGUUACGAACAUCCAGCGUUAG